CGAAAAGAUAUAAUCGGACACAAAUUCUAUAUGAUCUUACUGCGAUGAAUCAAGCCUUAUCAAGGUUUCAAACAAACUAACAUGUCUCAUGUAAUGUCAUCGGAGUCGCCCGUCUUGGCCAAGUCCCCAAUGCAGCUCUCUCUGGGGCUGCCCCUCACCCCGAGAUAACGAGCACCCCUCCAUGGAGCCACUACUUUUCUCACCCUUUCUGCAUUGAAAUUUCCCUUGCACAUCACUUUCAACCAACAGGAAAAACACCAUGUCACACUCCCACUCCCAUGACCACGGCGUGAGCCAUUCCCACGAUGACCCCUUCAACGGCCACGGCCACUCUCAUGAGAUCCUCGACGGGCCGGGUUCAUACCUGCAACGCGAGAUGCCAUUGAUUGAAGGCCGCGACUGGAAGGACCGCGCCUUCACCAUUGGUAUCGGAGGACCCGUCGGAUCCGGCAAGACGGCGCUGAUGCUCGCGCUCUGCCAUGCCCUGCGAGACCAGUAUAACAUUGCCGCUGUGACGAAUGAUAUUUUCACGCGCGAAGACGCCGAGUUCCUCACGCGGCACAAAGCCCUCUCGCCCAGCCGCAUCCGCGCGAUCGAGACAGGCGGGUGUCCGCACGCCGCUGUCCGCGAGGACAUCAGCGCUAAUCUACUCGCCCUGCAGACGCUCCAGAAACAGUUCCAGACGGAUCUGCUCCUGAUUGAGUCGGGGGGUGAUAACCUCGCUGCGAACUACUCGCGCGAGCUGGCGGAUUUCAUCAUCUAUGUGAUUGAUGUAGCGGGGGGUGAUAAGGUGCCGCGUAAGGGCGGGCCGGGGAUUACGGGCUCGGAUCUGCUGGUUGUGAAUAAGAUCGAUCUGGCUGAGGCGGUGGGGGCGGACUUGAAGGGAGGGGGCCCGACGGUUUUUGCGGUGGUGAAGCAUGGGAAGGGGGUGGAUCAUAUUGUGAAUUUGAUUCUGAGUGCGUGGAAGGCGAGCGGGGCGUAUGAGGCUAGUUUGGAGAGGUGGAAGAAUGGGGCGCCGAAGAAUUCGGGGAGUGUGGAUGAAUAGGCAGCCUCGUUCUACGAUUUGAGCGGGAUUUAUAUAUGAUAUGCAUGUGUAAAUGUACAUUCAAUGACUGAUUGACGAUGACUACAAACGACUGUCACUUUUGCCCAGUACCCAACCUUACCAACGCCCGGAAAAUGCAGGAACAAGCUGAGAAUGAGAACCGAUGGUCCAUGAGAAAACUGGGAACUGGGUAUCUAUCAUCUCUCGCGGGAGAUGAACAAGGAAGCAAUCAACAUGCUGCAAAACAUCCAAGACUUGACGCCAAUCAAAUCCCCUUCUGG